CACGAGGUUUGAGUACUCACAACACGAGAGAGAACACUGCAAAUACUCAUACACGAGAGAGAAGAGAGAGAGAGAGAGAGAAGAAAAAGACUGCAGAAGUCGGUUUGUGUUUGGAGAGUGAGAAAAUAUGUCCACCAUAACUCUCAACAAUGGCUUCGAGAUGCCCGUCAUCGGUCUCGGCCUCUGGCGUCUGGAGAAAGAAGAGCUCAGAAGUGCCAUCUUAAACGCAAUCAAGCUCGGAUAUCGCCAUUUUGAUGCUGCUGCUCAUUACAAGACUGAGAUAGACGUUGGGAACGCAAUUGCAGAAGCAAUUCAGAGUGGGCUUGUCAAGAGGGAGGAACUUUUCAUCACCUCCAAGGUUUGGAAUUCAGACCAUGGGCAUGUGGUUGAGGCCUGCAAAAAUAGCCUGAAGAAGCUUCAGUUAGAUUAUCUGGAUCUCUACCUUGUUCACUACCCAUUAGCCACCAAGCAUAGCGGAGUUGGUACAACUGCUAGUCUUUUGGACGAGAAUAAGGUGUUGGACAUAGACGUUACAGUCUCCCUGGAAACUACAUGGCACGACAUGGAAAAGACCGUCUCCCUCGGCCUAGUUCGUAGCAUUGGUCUCAGCAACUACGAGCUCUUUCUGACCAGAGAUUGCUUAUCUUACGCCAAAAUCAAGCCUCAAGUGAGCCAAUUUGAAACUCACCCUUAUUUCCAGCGUGAAUCUCUCGUCAGAUUCUGUAAGAAACAUGGAGUUGUACCUAUGGCCCACACCCCUCUAGGAGGUGCUACGGCUAAUGUCAAAGCAUUUGGUUCCAUUUCACCUCUGGAAGAUCCAGUUCUCAUUGGUCUGGCUAAAAAGUACCAAAAGAGUGUGGCCCAGAUUGCUCUGAGGUGGAACAUUGAGAGGGGCACACCAGUGAUUCCAAAGUCCUCAAAAGUUGAGAGGUUGAAAGAGAAUUUGGAAGUCCUUAACUUCAAGCUGGAGAAAGAGGACAUAGAGCUGAUCAAUACUAUAGACAAGAAAUUCAGGACCACUCUACCUUCCUUAUCUUGGGGAGUAGAUGUUUAUGCAUAAACUGCAUAAUUCGAAACCCUCCAAGUCACUGCUUCCACAUGUUCUUCAAAGGGUAACAAAAAGGGAAGCAAAACAGAAACCCUUAUGAAAUUUCACUUGCAAUAAACUGAGCUUUAUGUCCUCCAACAAUGCUCAUUGUAUCGGUUAGUUCGAAAACUCCAUAAUUUUGUACAUCUUUGCAUUAGGCCUUGCAAAGAAAAGUCUAAAUAAAAUGAAGGCUGUUGUAUUUGUUUGGUAUUAAUAUUUAAUAGAAUGAUCAUUAAAGUUAA